AAGGAGCAGUCGGUUUGCUGCUCAAUUAGUGAUUACUCUCCUCGUUAAUAUUCCCCAGGACAACAACUUUACGCACUAUGUUUUGUUUUAGCAUGUUUUAUUUCAUUUUUUAAAGGCAGGGGUUGAGGAACAUAUCGUCUGUCUCUGCGUAAAAUCUAACUGAUGCCAAACCAUUUUACGCACAUCUUAGAGGAGUUUUAAGUACAGAGGACUCUUGUUUUAUUUGCAGGCAGCUUUCCAGAGCUUCUAGAAACAUGUUGCUGUAAUUUCAGAUCAAUUCUGGACUGAUCCACAGUGAAACUACUACUACUAAUGUGGAUUACGAACUUUGUCCUGUUUGGUUGACUUUUUCACCAUCUUCUAAGAGGGAUUUUCUUUUGGACAUAGAGAGAGAGAGGGGAGGAAAGGGUAAAGGCAAGUGGAGAGUAAGAAACUGGGACAAAAAAUCAGGACACACGUGAGUCUCACUCACGCAUCGCCAGAUUUGAGGGUUUUUUUGCGUCCAGGCCCAGAGACCAGAGACCCGGCAGGGCUGAGCAGGGACGCCUCCCUCACUCUGUGCCCAUGUCUCAACAGCGGAGCGCUUCCCCAAACACCGGCUGUGAGGCGGUGACGCAGCGGACCAUGGACAACAGGCCUGUCCGGAGAAGGAGAACCGGUGCUGUCCGACAUCUGCUGCUGGCAGCCGCCUUCCUCGCCUGCAGCUCCCAACUGCUGGUGGUGGAUGCCAACUCGUGGUUGUCACUAGCUCUGACCCCAAUCCAGCGGCCAGAGAUGUACAUCAUCGGAGCUCAGCCUCUCUGCAGUCAGCUGUCUGGACUCUCUCAGGGCCAGAGGAAGCUCUGCCAGCUGUACCAGGACCACAUGAUCUACAUCGGGGACGGAGCCAAGACUGGAAUCAAGGAGUGCCAGUAUCAGUUCAGACAGAGGAGGUGGAACUGCAGCACCGUGGACAACACAUCUGUGUUUGGACGGGUCAUGCAGAUCGGCUCCAGGGAAACGGCCUUCACCUACGCCAUAAGUGCGGCUGGCGUGGUCAACGCCAUCAGCCGGGCGUGCCGUGAGGGCGAGCUGUCUACCUGUGGCUGCAGCCGGGCCGCACGACCCCGUGACCUGCCGCGUGACUGGCUGUGGGGCGGCUGCGGCGACAACGUUCACUAUGGCUACCGGUUCGCGCGUGAGUUUGUGGACGCAAGGGAGAGGGAGAAGAAUUACCCCCGUGGGUCUGCUGAGCACGCCCGCACAAUGAUGAACGUGCAGAACAACGAAGCAGGGAGACAGGCCGUCUAUAACCUCGCUAAUGUGGCGUGUAAGUGUCACGGAGUCUCGGGCUCCUGCAGCCUGAAGACUUGUUGGCUCCAAUUGGCCGACUUCAGACGGGUCGGGGAGUUUCUGAAGGAGAAGUACGACAGUGCUGCCGCCAUGCGCAUCGGACGCAAGGGAAAACUGGAGCAGGUCGACAAACGCUUCAACACCCCGACCCCCGAGGACCUGGUCUACAUCGACCCAAGCCCGGACUACUGCCUCCGCAACGAGACCACAGGCUCCCUCGGCACCCAGGGCCGCCUCUGCAACAAAACCUCGGAGGGCAUGGACGGCUGCGAGCUGAUGUGCUGCGGCCGAGGGUACGACCAGUUCAAGACCUACAAGCACGAGCGCUGCCACUGCAAGUUCCACUGGUGCUGCUAUGUCAAGUGCAAGCGCUGCACGACGCUCGUGGACCAGUUUGUGUGUAAAUAGCGCACGUGAGGGACAGCGGACGGACGGAUGGGGGUGGAAAAGGAGGAGGGGGGGAACAGUGGUGGGAUGAUGGAGGGUGACGGAUUCAGGAGGGUGAUUUUUCAGGGUUUUGUUUCGGAUGAGUCGAGACUAUAAGUUCCAUUAUCUGACAAAGCUGCUCUUAUCUUUUUAUUUCCUUCUUGCCUCCGAUGAGAAAACACUUUUUCACAUGCAGUUGUAGAAUCUGCUGUGAGGUCAUGUUUUUGUGUGUGUGUGUGUGUGUGUAUGAACAGCCGAAUGAGAGAUGGAUCGAAGAGGAUGAACUGAACGUCUUCCACGCUUUUCGCAACGGCUCUCUGAGUUUCUUGUUUUUCCAUCACUCCUGUCAUCACUACAUCCUGAUCACAACCCUGAAGGAUGGAGGGAAGGAAAGGGGAGACAAAGAAAAAGAAUGAUUAGUGAAGGACUGAUGGACUUGCAGGUGGAACAACUGGACCCUUAAAAAAAGAAGGGACACAUAUAACUAGACUAACGAGUCGUUGAGGAAAUGAUAAAUAAAUAUAUGACUAAAUAAUAAAUAAAUAUACACAAAUGUUUGUUAUUUAAAAAAAGACUUGAGUGACCCCGAGACACUGUUUGGAUCCGUAAAACUCACUUCACAUGUUUGGGUGUUGAACCAUUAUAGUGCUGACAGUGGUGUCCCCUCCCUGUGCGCGCUUCUACAACCUUUUUGACCUUUGACCCCACAAGAGAAAUCCACACACACGCAUGACGUGAGUUGUGCUGACGUUGCCAGACUCACCUGUUCGGGAAUGCAGAAAAAUCCAGAGUGAGUGGGACAGAAGGGAGAAAACAAGAGGAGUCGCUUAUUGGCAGGCGGGGGAACAAACGUGGAAAUGGAGGGAAUAAAGAAAAGAGGGAAAAGACAAAUGAAUUUAAAAGAGGGACAAGAAAGCAGUUCAUCAAACUGGACCAAUAACGUACAGUGCACGCUCUCCAUCUGUCAGCUGCUCGUCACAAGAGCGAAUCCCAUCAAGUGAGCCGGAGCAGGUUAAGGAGGCCGCUGCCAUCUUUACAAGGCGGCCGCUUAAACAAGCAGCUCACACGCCGCCGGUCCGGCUCCGUGACCUUCUGACAGCGAGGCUAGCGCAGACCUCCAUUAGUGAGACUAAUGUGCUGUACCGGCCUUAAUGUACCGCACUGAGAGGCCGCGAGAGGAGCCUCUUCAUCUCACACCGUUAUGCAACUUAUUAAGUCAACAAAAAGCCCUGUGGUGUCGAAUUAGCAGCUCUGCCUCCAGUUAAAACGUUCUUUAUAACGGCGUUGUUGUAACCUGAAAGAAUAUUGUUGGUUUAUUAUACAAUACACUUGAUGGACAGAACACGAACAAGGACAGAAGAGGACUGAAAAAAGGAGUGUGUGAGCGCGGAGAAACAGAAAGGACUGCAACUGAUUACUUUUUAAAGAAUAGUAGAUGAGAAAAGAAAGUAUAUUUUAUUAUUGUUUUUCAUUCUCUGUUUUUUCUAUGUUUUAUACGUGAGUAUUACGGUGUAUUCUUUUGAUAAACUAGUCUUUGACAAUGAGGCUUUUGUUGUGUUUGUGCAGUUUCUCUUUUUUUCAGAGAAGUUUGACCCCAGCCAAUGUUUUCACCGUGUUCGCCAUCAACACGACAGCAACAGA